CUGUCCCCUUUGGUCUGUGGGGACGAGACACUUCCCCUGAACCUGGGUUGUUUCCCACACUGUUCAGGGGACCUGUCCCGGGGGGAGGGGGGCCGUUGCGGACUACAGUAGGUACUGCUCUGUUCUGUCUGUCCAGAGGAUCUUGAAGCCCCAAAGGAGCCAGCCAGCCGGUAAAUGUGUCGCGCCUCCAGGUCUGCGUCCCGCUGGACAUGUCUCCAGCUCUCUCAACCGCAUUCCAGAACCAGAGUGAUUCGACUCUGACGAUGUCUGGAAGAAACAGUCUGCCUCAUCUUGCUUGAGCGCUCGGAAGCGAACGACGAUGGACGAUGCGAUUUCCACAGACUCGAUAAAGCCCUUGCCAGCAUUGUAUCGGCGAUGUCAUGUCGCGAUGCUUGUCCUUGGGCUGCUGUCCCUCGUGACGACAAGCCUCCUCUUUCUUCACAUCACCUAUCGCCUCAUCCGAUGGAAGAUCAAUGAUGCUCGAUCGGGCCAGGAGAUCCAUCACCGUGCCACGUACUCGACCACUGAUGCCCAAGUCGACCUGAGCCUCGGGCUGUCUGAAGCACAGUAUUUCAAGACUAGACAGAAACAGCCUGCCAGUGAGGCCGCGGCGGCAGCACCGACACAAGCACCAGUAUCAGCUAGCCCUCUCACGAGAAGAGACACAGGGCAGACCGUCAUAUCACGACGCCAAAAGCCGCCAAAUCCGCUCUUGCUGCUAAUCUACAACCUUCUCUUGUCGGACAUAUGCCUGUCGGCGGCAUAUGUGAAUAAUGCCGUGUGGCUCCACCGGGAUAUGAUAGAAGUCGGAUCUGCAGCCUGUCACGUCCAGGGCUGGAUUGUUAGUUUCGGCUGUCUAGCCACCAGUGGGUUCCUCUUCACUAUCUCCAUCUUCAGCUAUCUCGGCAUUAUACGCGGCCGAAAACCAACAACUUUGGUCGUCGUUAUUGCGUGCGCGGCAGUCUGGGUGCUCUCCGUAUUCCUUGCGACCCUUGGACUAUUCUUCAUCGAUAUCGACAAAUAUUACAAAAGGCAGGUUUUGUGGUGCUGGGUUGCCGAGGAGCACCGACUUUGGAGGCUCUCUAUUUAUGUUUGGGGGUUCACGGCCAUGUCGGGGACGUGCUUCCUCUACUCCAUGAUAUUCUACCGCCUCUGGCGGGAAAACCGUUCAUCACGAUUCAUGCCUCGCCGCCCCGACUCGAUCACCUCAAGCUCCCGGGUCCGGGCGGACGACAGCACGCCGCUCCGUCCCUCAGGACACCAUCCUGCAUUCCUUGUGUAUCCCUGUAUAUACACAUUUACAGGCACUCCCCUCAUCCUCGGGUCUCUGAUCCCGGCUCUCGAAAGAAUCCCAUUAUUUAUGGGCGCAGCUGGGGCCCUUCUUGCCGCAACUGGCCUCCUCGACUCGAUCCUCUGGUCUUACAUAAUUGUUUUCAGCGACAAGGCAGACAUUCGCAACACAGGUCUCGACCAAUUUACGUUCAUGAGGACGCCGGAAGGGCGUAAUCUCGGUAAUAUUGUAUACGUGCAGGGUGGUCAGGACAAGUGGAAGAGACAAUCGUGGCAUUCGAAGAAAGAAAAGGGGUGGUGGAGAAUCGGCGAUCGCAACAGCAGCCAACCGUCGCUUCCUUCGCAACAAGCCCAGUCUGACGGGGGAAUACAGAUGGACAUCGUCACGAUGGUUGUGGUCGACACAAGUGGAGAACCGUCAAGUCGACAGUCAAGGGACAGGGGCUAUUCCACGGAUAUUCCCUCGAUCCCGCCUCAUAUCAAAUAAUUCGAUUUAUUUGGUCAAUAAAUAGACUUCUGCUAAUAGAUGACUGCCCAAGUCUUCUGGGUCCUCUCCACCCACCCCAUUCCCUAUGCCCAGACUCUGCCGCCAACUGGUCUUUUGAACGAGACAUUUGCUGCUCCAGUAUGCUCGUUGUAACCUUGGAAGUCGGCAGUCGCGACAGGUCGAUGGGUUAUAUUCGAAGAGUGACUGAUUUCUGUUUGGUAACACCAUCGGCACAAUUCGCUGCCUCCGGUAAAAGCAGAACUAUCUCUCCGCAGUAAUCAUCUUGAGCAUGGCAUCUGCAACCUCGACGGGGUUCGUCGCGUUGAGGUAGUGGCCACCAUCAGGGACAAAAGUCAGCUCCGCCUCGGGGGCGGACGUGAACAGCUUAAUGUGCUCGGUAGGCACGGUGGUACCGUAUGGAAUGUCCUUGGUCCCCUGCGAAUCGCUGAUGUCAGACGCCACAUCGAGACCGACAAGUCAAAACUCUCAAGACGCGCGCGCCCCCAUUUGAAACCCACAUACCUGAAGCCAGUGGACGGGACAUUUGACAUCCUUUAGGCGGAGGAGGAGGCCAUCCCUUGUCAGGAGGUUGAGCAGGGCCAUCUUGGCCUUCCUGCGGCCCUCGUCCCCACGGUAAACCUCCCGUAGCGUGUUGGUCCAAAAUGCUGCCUUGUCUGGCGUACCAUGGUCACCGAAACCGACGCUUCCAACCAUGCCGCACCAGACGUCGUCGACGACAAAGUCCUCGACGGGGCUC